AUAUUGACGUAGUAAGUAAUACAUAAUGUUAUUUUUGUAAUGAAGUAUCAUAGCCAUCAUUCAUAUAAUAAGCGACAAUAAUGAGUGAAGUGACAUUUCGAAUGAAAAUCUUAGACAUGACUGCCGCAAAACCAGAGGCGAAGGAGAUGAGUUGCCCACAGAAGACCAGUCGUCGCUUCUUUCCCCUGACGGUGGAGAAAGUGCCUGACGAAGAAGAGAAGCUGCUUCAGGCCAAAGGGUUCCUCGGGUACACGAACCUCGUUCGGACGAACCCUUCUUUGGUUCUUCUUCGGCCUGCGUACGCUGACCUGGCCGAAAGCUACUAUAACUUCGAGUUCCGUCCCGACGACACGGUGCUCCUGACGUUCCCGAAGAGCGGCACCACGUGGCUCUCGGAGGCGCUGUGGGCCCUCAGGAACCUCGAUCAGCUGGGCAAGGCGGACGAGGCAGACGUUGACGAAAGGCUGUUCUUUAUGGAUAGUGACUUUUUGCAACCCGGGCCCGUCGGCGCCGACACUCCCGCCAUGAAGAAGUUCUCCGCAGCCUGCCCCGAGGGCCGAGUGGAGGACGGCGUCACCCUCCAAGUGGCAGCAGCGCAGAAAGGCCCCAGAAUACUGAAAUCCCACUUGCAACUGGAACUGCUGAAUCCCGAACUUUUAGACACGUGCAAGGUUGUGUACAUGGCUCGCAACCCCAAGGACGUCUGUGUCUCCUACUUCCACCACUGCAGGAAGAACACGAAGAAGAUAUUCCAAGGCGAAUUUUCGGACUUUGCGGAAGCUUUCAUGGGCAAUAAGCUGCUCUUCGCACCUUACUGGGACCACGUGCGACAGGUGUGGCUGCGGAGGGGGCACGAGAACCUCCACUUCAUGUUCUUUGAGCACAUGAAGAAGGACGUUUUCGGAGAGCUUAAGAGGCUGGCGACCUUCCUGAAGGCGGAACUCAGCGACGAAGACCUUCAGAGGGUCGCGGACCACUGCAGCUUCGGGAGGAUGCGGGAGCGAGAGGAGCGGCAGAGCCAAGGGCGCGGCCCGUCUACGGCGUCCCCGGCUUCUUCCACAAGGGCGAGAUCGGAGGCUGGAAGGCCGUCGCUUCGCAGGAUCUGAACGACCGUUUCGAUAACUGGAUACUGGAUAAUAACUGCGGCAUCGACAUUCCUUUCGUAUAUGAAUGAUGCUCCGUUGAUUUUGAUUUGAGUUAGGUAAUUUGAAUAUUUUCUGUAUCAAAGGUCAUCUGUGCUUUGCAUGGAGUGUUUUAUUUAGAUUGUUAUUCGUUGUAAGAGAGACUGUGCGUAUUGGGAAUAUAUCGGGAGUGCAAAAAGGUUCAAGAAAUAUAUGUGUUACCCGUCAAAAUAUGAUAGCAAAGAAGAAAACGUAUGCAAUGUCAUAUCUAAGAAAACGAAAAUUUAAUGGGUAACUAAUAUAACAUUUCACAUUCUCAAAACUUGUAGAAAAAAAUAAGAGCAAAGAAGAAAAUGUCUAAGAUGACUUGUCUAAGAAAAACGAGAAUUCUUGGAGUAACUAUGAUAGCAUUUCAUGUUCUCAGACUCAUUGUAGUUUAGUUUAUCUUUUAUUAUUAUAAUUUUAUGAAUGCUUAAGUGUUUGUCCAUUCAUAUUUGUUUUAAUCUAAUUAUUAUGUAACUAUUUAUUUAUUCAUUUCUAAUUAACUACAUAGAUUAUUUACUUAUACGAAAGAUUUUCAUUAUGUUAUAUUGCCAUGUAUUAAUGAAUACAGGUUCAAUUUACAGGUAACAUUUGUUUCAAAUAAAUCACUUUUACCAGA